UGGAACUCGGGCAUAUGGUGUGAAGUCUUGUGAUGAAACAUGAACAGGUUGGGAAAUAUGGCCUGGAGCCUGACACCCUCUCGAUUAAGUCAUGGAAGAGUUGAACAUGGAUGACUUGAAUCUUCAUUACCGAUUUUUAAAUUGGAGAAGGCGUAUUCGUGAGAUCCGUGAGGUGCGAGCAGUACGAUAUCAGGAGAGAGCCAAACACAUUGUCGUAGACGGGGAUACUCUAAGCUACCACGGGAAUUCCGGAGAAGUUGGUUGCUACGUUGCUCCGCGACCACUAAGCAAAGACAAUAACUACUUUGAGGUGUCAAUUGUGGACCGUGGUGUUCGUGGAACAAUUGCUGUGGGCUUAGUGCCUCAGUAUUACAGUCUGGAUCAUCAACCUGGAUGGCUGCCAGACUCCGUGGCUUACCAUGCGGAUGACGGCAAGCUGUACAAUGGACGAGCAAAGGGACGACAGUUUGGAACCAAGUGUAACUCAGGAGACCGUAUUGGUUGUGGCAUUGAACCCAGCUCAUUUCAUGUACAGACUGCUCAGAUUUUUUUCACCAAAAAUGGAAAGCGGGUUGGUAGCACUGUGAUGCCAUUGUCUCCUGAUGGUCUUUUCCCAGCAGUUGGCAUGCACUCACUUGGGGAAGAAGUGCGUCUUCAUUUAAAUGCUGAACUUGGCAGUGAGGACGAUGACAGUAUAAUGAUGGUGGACAGCUAUGAGGAUGAAUGGGGAAGGCUACAUGAUGUCAGAGUUUGUGGCACGCUCCUGGAGUAUGUUGGGAAGGGUAAAAGUAUAAUAGAUGUUGGCCUAGCCCAGGCUCGUCGCUCUCUCAGUACACGCAGUCACUACUUUGAAGUAGAAAUUGUGGAUCCCGGGGAGAAAUGUUAUAUUGCGUUGGGCCUUGCACGAAAGGAUUAUCCCAAAAACAGACACCCAGGCUGGAGUCGUGGAUCAGUCGCAUACCAUGCAGAUGAUGGAAAGAUUUUCCACGGCAGUGGGGUUGGAGAUCCAUUCGGACCACGCUGUUAUAAGGGAGACAUUAUGGGCUGUGGAAUCAUGUUUCCUCGGGAUUAUAUUCUUGACAGUGAAGGAGAGAGCGACGACAGCUGUGACUUGAAGGAGCUGAGGUUGCAACCUCGCGGGGUUAGGAAUGUAAUGUACCUUAGGCGAGAGCUACACCAGGAAGAGGAUGGAGAGGACGAGGAGGAGGAGGAAGAGGAGGAGGAGGAUCUGGAGAGACAGCAUGAAGGCAGGAAAGUUGUGGUUUUCUUCACGCGAAAUGGGAAGAUCAUUGGGAAGAAAGAGUCGGUGUUACCUCAAGGGGGCUUCUACCCAACCAUAGGAAUGCUGAGCACUGGGGAAAAAGUAAAGGUGGACCUGCAUCCCUUGAGUGGAUGAAAACCAACAUAAAAGCAGAUAACAUCCAAGCAAAAGAAUACACUGCAUCAUUUUGCCAUCAUCCUCCCUUACAUCGACAUCCUGGUCAUGCACGAUUUGCACGUGGGCUUGUGAUAGUGCUUCUUCGUGUCUGGAAACGUGUUUCUGUGCCCCUGCCUGUGAGUUUGGGGUCGGUAUUGCUUCAUGCCUGUAAAUGUUGGUAAAGCAGGAGACACAGCAGAAUAGGAAACGAGACAUCAGCUAUAAAGACCAUCUUAUAGCAGUUAAUGUAGUUACUGUGACAGGUAUCAUCAGGUAGAUAAUUAUCCAGUUUGAUCUCACAGUACGUAUCGUAUACUUAGACCCAUGGUUAAACGUAACACAAUGCAAUUAGUGCAGUGAUGGCUAACCUUGACACCAUAAAUUGUUUCUGGACUGCAUUUCCCAUGAUGCUCAGCUAGCUUUUAGACUCUAAAAGCUAGCUGAGCAUCAUGGGAAAUGUAGUCCAGAAACAAUUUAUGGUGUCAAGGUUAGCCAUCACUGAAUUAGUGUGAACCAAAGUCAUUGCACGUUUUAAUGGGACUUUGAAUGAUUGGUACACAGACCUUAUAGUAAAUGUGUAAAAGAGUACACUUUUUUUCGCUCUAUUCAGGAACAUACUUGCAGCUUAGUAUUCAGAUCAAAGUAAUUCUUUGACAUUUAUUAUGGUUAUUUUUAUACUGUUUACAAAAAAGUGCAACCUAUCCUCUUCUUAGGUUUAAAACCAAUUCAGAUAUGGUUACACAUAUAUUUACGAAAUGACAAAUAGACCUUUAGGGAUAGUUUAGCUAUUUGAAAUAGCAAAUUUUAGGUAUGCAUCACCUUGGCCGGGAGGUUACUGCUUAUAAUAGAACACUGAAACUAUACGUUAGUGAAAUAGUUUAGCCAGGUGUAAAAUAUACACUACAUUGCUUUAUAUCUGCCAUUAAUCACAUAAAUAUACAGGUCUAUGAUUGGCAGUUUGAGUAGCUCUUGUUGAGCGGAAGAAGAAUUGACCUGUUCUCUAGUGCUGCAGUGGGCUGUGUAACGUUAAAAUUUGUCUAGCUGUCCUUCGAUUUGAAUUUAUCAGCAGUAGUAACUAUGAGAAUUGGAGGUCAAUUCAUCAAGGACAGAGAUUUGGAUGUUUUAAGGCAGCUUGGUUGGAGUCAUACCAUACAAUAUGUUUGAGAUGUACUUGACUGAGACUCACUUUCCUAAUGUUUUGGAACAAAAAGUCUAUCAAUACAUUUUGUACUGGGCUCAGGUAGCCCAAACUUUAGUUUAGCUACCAACA